AUGGAUUUCGACAAGCACGAGCGAGACCACGAGUCAACCGAAGCACUGCUAGACGCGGUAGAGCGUCGAAGAGAUAGACCUUGGCAGCGAGGUUCGUUGGGAGUCUGGUCAAUCUCAGCGUUUUGCAACGUCGUGCUCUUCUUGCUGUCCCUCGGUAUGCUCAUGGCAUCAUUGCGACCCAAGUCAACGAUCAACACUCAAGACGCCCUUAGAGUCACAUCGAUAUAUACCCCAGUCUUCGAAGACACGGCCAUUCGCCUCCAGACCACUCAUCUCAAUGGCAGUCUGUACCAAGGAUCCUCUGUAUGGCACGACCUGCCCUCCGACCCUGUUGCCGAAGAAGCCUGGGACCAAUUCGAGCACAUACGCACCACAUCCCUGACAAGCGCACAACUCCUCGCUAUGGGCAAAGAACCCUCCACCGUCGCCAAGUACGAAGACAAAAUCUGGCACAUGGGCGACGAUGCGUAUGUAGGCACGCUUGACUUCUUCCACCAAGUCCACUGCCUCAACAUGCUCCGCAAGGCUGCGUUCGCCGGUAACGCAGCCAUGCCGUCCUGGCCGGUCGUCGAGACGAUCCAUCUGCAGCACUGCACCGGCAUGCUAAUGCAGCACUUGCUCUGCACAGCGGACGCGGGAAUGGUGACAUACCAGUGGAGAGAGAACAGUCAUAUCCCGUAUCCAGACUUUGGAGUCAACAGGCAGUGUCGAGAUUGGAGGCAACUCGUUGCGUGGAGAGACGAGCACGCCGUGGAUUUGGAUAAGUACAUGGUAUACAAGAAGCCCGGGUGGGUCAAGAAUGUGCCGUGGUCCUCGGAGGAGGAAACGGAGUUUUUGAGGGAGCUGGACAGGAUCAUCGAGGAGGAGCGGCGGAAAUCUGGGGGCUAG